AUUGAAAAAAAUAUAAGGAACAGUAUAAGAUAUGAAUUUAAAUCAAAAGCAGUCCUUAAAUAUGAAACAACCAAAGAGAGGACCACAUUUGAAGUUUGAUUUGCAGUUCCAUGUCAAAGGUUAGAUUGGGACAGGCACCGGAUUCAAUGAUAAUAAAUAAUCCGUUUAAGAAUAUAUAAAGAAACAUUAGCCAUUCUGUUACGUUCCUCGAAGAGUAAAAUUUGACAACAAAUAGGGUAUAGAUAAAGAUAAUAUUUACUUAUUUAGAUAUAAUUUACAUAUAAAUUAUGAGUCGUUUAAGGAAAACUUUUUGGAUUUUCAUAUUAAUUUUCUUCACAAAAGUUUAUUCAGAAACUGAAGAAGACCAUGGAGUCAAAUACGCCGACAAAUGUGAAGUAUGCAAGAUAUUGGCUACAGAGCUUCAAGGCCGCUUGGAAGAAACAGGCAAGACGAACGAAGUUAUAGAGACAGGUUACGCCGUUGACGAUGUGAAACCGAAAAAGAAAAAAGAGUACAGAAAAUCGGAGCUACGUCUUGUUGAAUCUCUAGAAGGAGUUUGUGACAGAAUUUUGCAAUACAAUAUACAUAAGGAAAGACAGGACAGUACCAGGUUCGCUAAGGGCAUGAGUCAGACGUUUCAGACGCUACAUGGCUUGGUUGAUAAAGGGGUUAAAGUUGAACUCGGCAUCCCCUAUGAGUUAUGGGACAAGCCGAGUGCCGAGAUCACCAAUAUGAAAACACAGUGCGAGACCCUCCUCGAACAGAAUGAAGGGGAUAUAGAAGAUUGGUACUUCCACCACCAAGGCAAAGAGUCCUUGAAAAAAUAUUUAUGCGAGGAUCGGGCACUGAAAAAUCAGGACUCUAAAUGCUUGUAUGAGCAGCUUAAGGGAGAUAAAGGUAGUAAAAAACCUUCUAAAAAACAAGAAUUGUGAUUUCUUUUUUUAUGAGAAUCUCUUAGGACCUAAAUCCAUUUACGCCAAAUUUAAAACUAAUAAAAAACUGUUCAGAUCAUUAAAUUUUAUAUUGUUUAUUAAUCGCCAAAAUUUAGUAGUUUAAAUCAGUCAAUUUUAAAGGAUGUGGGAAAUGUUAAUAUUGCUAUUUGUUCCGUAAUCUUUAGGAUAGACAAUUUGAGUGUGACUAGAAAUAUGAAAGUAAACUACAAUUUGUACGCUAUGUAUUAAAUAAAACUACAAAAAUA